AUGAUCGGCCUUGUACUUGGUCUCGCUGUCAUUUCUGGCUCUCAAGUCGCGGCGCAACAGAAUGGUGGGAUUCACCUACCAAUGUACCGGACAGUGACUUCGUUGUCACACAAACGAUCGUCGAUGAUGAGCGCUGCUGGUUUAGGUGAUUUCAUGGACGUAACCUACACUGUGUCCGUCACUAUGGGAGAUACAGAGACUACUCUUGUUUUGGAUACGGGUUCAUCCGAUCUAUGGGUUGUAUCUGACGCAUGCUCCGGUGAAUGUACGGAUAGUGUGGUACCCCUCUACUCGAUUGCAUCACUGAACGAUACGGGUCUUGAUGUCCUCUUGCUGUAUGGCGAUUCCCGCACCGGAACAUACGCAUCUGGACCCAUAGGCCAGGAGACCGUCGGCAUCGGGAGUCUAUCCGUAGCAAGUCAAACGUUCGCCGCAGUCAAUAGCACGAACACGACUAUCUUCGCAACCGGAUCGGCUGGAAUUUUGGGCCUUGGGUUCCCACCUAUCAGUUUGAUGUGGCGCGAGCGGCUUCAAAUGGACCUAGUCAGCAGUCAGAGCUCGCUGUCCAAGCGUGGAAUCCCUGGACCAUCGGCGAACAUAUCCACCGGAUCCAUCGGCCAGCCACCCUUCCCUUCCUUCGAAUUCCUCAAGCCAGCUCUGUUGAAGAAGCGUCAGGCAUCUGACGGGACCUCACAAUCCCCCGCUGACAUCGCCAUCUCCUCCUUUGCGCGUUAUGGGCCCCUUCUCACUAGGCUCAUUCAACAAGAUAUCCUGGAUCUCCCUCUUGUGGCGACAACACUACAACGUGACUCAUUCCAGAUCGGCGGAAACGCGGGCAUGCUCUCCAUCGGCGGCUUACCCGCAGGUCUUGAAACCUCUCAAUUGACUUGGGUCCCGGUGCGCGGCUACAGCAAAGACGAAGGAGGCCUGCCGCCACCAUCUAACUCUCCGAACGAGGUGUAUCCUUUGGUAUGGGAGGUCGCGGUGGACGAUGUCUACUUCGAUGGCGUCAAGUUACCUAGGUCCAUGUUGGCCUCGCCGGCGGUUUCGCUCUCUGCCCUUGUCGACACUGGCAACUCUCUCAUACGCGGUCCACGGGACGUCGUCGACCAUAUCAUGGCAUACUUCGACGGUCCUGACGCCUCGUUUGACUGCAAGGAAGCGCACAACUUGACCUUUCAGAUCGGUGGCGCUAUGUUUACUGUCGACCCUCGAGACUUCGCGCACCCACUGCAGAACGACUCUGGCUCAGACUCCCCGCGAUGCACUCCCGCCCUUGCAGUCACUGAUCCUCCCGGCCAAGGCGGCUUCUUGUACAGCUGGAGCCUGGGCGACCCGUUCUUGAAGUCUGCGCUAGUCGCAUACUAUUAUGGAAACAUCACGAACCCAUCUCAGGACCCUCCCAAAGUCGGGCUGCUAUCGACAGUCCCUUCUGAUGUCGCGAACCAGCUGCAGCAAGCUAUUCAAAACGUGCUCGCUUCCGGCGGCCAAUUCCCUACGGUGGCCGAACCUGCGCCGACUGGGACAGCGAUAUCGUCACGCACUGCGGUCAAUGGCGUCCCGCAAGCGACACACUCCGGUCUCCCGUCCCUUGCGAGCAGCGCCUUCACGUCCGCGCUCAGUCCAAAAGCAUGGACCUCUCUUGCCCUCGCUGCAGCCACUGGACUCGUGCUCCUUGGAAUAACCUACUUAUGA